AUGCUACGUGGCUUGGGUGUAACGGCGCUUGACGCAUCAACCCUCACCAACGCGAAAGCAUCCAAGUCCCGCUCAUGUGCCCUCCACAGCGGUUGCUUCGGCGAGCGCGUCGCUAAGGACGCGUCGCUGAGAGCCAUCAGCGGGAAAGCCGCUCUUUCCGGCCUUGUGAAGGCGCAGAAGGCUGGCCGAAGCGGCGUUGCGCUCGCCUCGCUAGAUCCUCCCAAGACUGUCAGCGCGGACGCACCGCCGGCCUUCACGGCGUGGGGCGAAGACGCGCUGAACCCCGCUGGGAAGCGCACGGAUAUCAAGAAAAUCAUGAUCCUGGGCGCUGGACCCAUUGUGAUUGGCCAGGCCUGCGAGUUCGACUAUUCUGGCACCCAGGCGUGCAAGGCGCUGAAGGAGGAGGGGUACGAGGUGGUGCUGAUCAACUCCAACCCCGCCACCAUCAUGACGGACCCUGGCACCGCCGACCGCACCUACGUCGCGCCCAUGACUCCCGAACUCGUCGAGCAGGUGAUUGCCAACGAGCGCCCCGACGCGUUGCUGCCGACGAUGGGCGGGGAGACGGCGCUGAACCUCGCGGUGGCGCUGUCGGAGCGCGGCACUCUCGAUAAGUACGGCGUGGAGCUCAUCGGCGCAAAGCUGGACGCCAUCAACAAGGCGGAGGACCGCGACCUGUUCAAGCGCGCCAUGGAGAAGCUUGGGAUUAAGAGCCCCAAGUCGGGCACUGCUAACACGCUGCAGGAGUGUUUUGACAUCGCGCGCUACAUUGGCGACUACCCGCUGAUCAUCCGCCCGGCGUUCACGCUGGGAGGGUCGGGAGGCAGCAUCGCGUACAACGAGGAGGAGUUCGAGACCAUCUGCAAGGCCGGGCUCAGCGCCAGCGCCACGUCACAGGUGCUGAUCGACAAGUCGUUGCUGGGGUGGAAGGAGUACGAGCUGGAGGUGAUGCGGGACCUGGCGGACAACGUGGUCAUCAUCUGCUCCAUUGAAAACAUCGACCCCAUGGGCGUGCACACCGGCGACUCCAUCACUGUCGCGCCCGCUCAGAUGCUUACUGAUAAGGAAUAUCAGCGUCUCCGUGACUACUCAGUGGCAAUUAUCCGCGAGAUUGGAGUGGAGUGCAGGGGCUCCAACGUGCAAUUCGCCAUCAACCCCAAGGACGGCGAAGUCGUGGUCAUCGAGAUGAACCCGCGCGUCUCCCGCUCCUCCGCACUGGCGUCCAAGGCCACGGGUUUCCCCAUCGCCAAGAUGGCCGCCAAGCUGAGCAGCGCCAAGGAGGAGCAGCAGCGCAUGAGAACAGCAGCCGAACUAGACGAAUACUCCGAGCCUUCAUUCGACUCUCAAACACCACCAGGAGAAGGUUUCCGGGCAGAAACAACAGCAGCAGGAGGAGGAAAUUUCCGGGCAGAAGGUGGCUCCCGGGCAGCAGGAAAAACUUUUGCAGAGGAGGGUAGCGAAUCCCAGCCGUCGUCCAGGCACGGGCUGGUUAGCAGCGCCGACGUUCUUAAGAAUCCCUCAGCUUUUCGGGAUCUUCUAGCAGGGAAACGAGGGCGGUGGGGGGAAGAGGGGGAUGGGGAGGACGGGGGAGGGGUGACGGAUGGGGGGUUGGGUUUAGGUGCGUGGGAGGGAGCGGAGAGGGGAAGCAAGGAGAGGGGUGGGGGAGGAGCUGGGAGGCAAGGCGAGCGACAGGAGAGAGGAAACGCGGUGGAAAGGCAAGCUAGUAAAGACAGCAGGGAAAAAAGCGACAACGGCUCAGGCGAUAGUUCUGGAAGUAGGUCCGGAAGCAGGCUUGGUGGUAACCCUGGAGCUGCGGCAAUGGGUAGCCCUGGGGAUAUCCCAGUGGUGCAGUUUCUUAGGGCGAGGACGGGGUGUGGGCGGGGCCGGUACGCGUUUGAGACGCUGAAGCAGGCGAGAAAGUUGAACUCGCGGGUGAUUCUGAUCGGGCCACGGGUGUGCAAGAGAGUGCUGGAGGCGGAGGGGGUGCAGGUGGAGGAUUAUGAGGAGUACAAAGGGGUAGAAGAGGAGUUUGAGAAGAGCGUUGGGGAAGUGGUGUCGUAUCAGGUGCGCUGGUUCAUCCUACACGAGUUCAUGCGCCGCUGGUCUCUCCCUAAGAUAUUCUACAUGGACUGUGACGUGCUGCUCUUUGCAAAUGUCACCCAGUUCGUGCACUCGCACCUGCCCAAGGCGCAGCUUGCACUGGCUGGGCGCACCCCCACCAUUCACGUGAGGGCAGUGAGUGCGCACGUCUCCCUCUGGUCGCAGCAAGCACUGGGAGAUUUCCUCACCUUCUUCCGCCUCUUCUUCCAGCUUGGUGUGGUGGGGGGAACACCAGGCGAUCGGUCCCUACCAGCCCAGCGCACAUACAAUGAUAUGGUGCUGCUCGGGUGGUAUGCCGCUCCUGUGUGCUGGACCAACACGCCCAAAGACCGCAUUCCCAAAGACUGCCUGGCGCCAUCGAUGCGGGUGAUGAGUGCGAGGGUGCGGGGCAGGUUCACCCCGGCAGUCAAGGCGGAGUCGCUGUGUGCGCCCAGGCAGUGCGAGAGGAGUGGUUGGAGCGAUGCUGGGUGGUGUGCCUUCGAUAACAACUUCUCGCUCACUAACAACCACACUACAUUCCAUUAUGACCCAUUGAAGAUGAAGACCCCUACAUCCAUGCACUACGACCAUUUCACCGAUUGGGUCGGCAAGCCGCAGGAUAAGCAAGUGCAGGCAGUUGUACUCGCUAUAGUGUUCCUCCUUUUCGCGGAUGUGAUCCUGAUCGGCAUUUUCAAGCGCUUUCCAGGCCAUUCAGCCGAUGGGGGCCUAUCGGCCCUCCAUUCCACGUCAGCAGCCAACGUGUCAGUCAUAUCGGAUCUGCUGCAGCUGGAGGAGAUGCGUCAGCAGCAGCUACGUCAGCAGCAGGAAAAGAACGAGAAGCUUCCUAUGUUGACCCUCCUCCUGCUCAGCACAAAAAAUCCAGCAUUGCAGGCUCGUGGGAACGCUGUUGCUGCUAACCCUGCUGCUACUUCUCCUCCUGAUAGCCCUGCUGCUCUCACUAACCCUGAUUCUGCUAACCCUGCUUCUGCUACUCCUGCUGCUGCUGCCACUGCUUCUGCUGCUCCGGCUGAUGCAGAUGCUGACAGUGUUCCUAUGGCGGCACAAGGGGCGGCUGAUAAUGCUGCUGUGGUUGCUGCUGCUAGCAGCAUUGGUGCAACUACCCUCACUACCUCCACUAGCGACACUAGCGCCACUAGCAGGACAGUUCAUGCCAACACCCAAUCAGGCGGCGCCACCCGUGAAGGUCUGAUCCCAGUGGUGCAGUUUCUGCGGGGGGAGGCAGGCUGCAACCGGGGGAGGUACAUGCAGGUCUCUCUUCGCCAAGCCCUGCUGCACAACACGUGGGUCAUUCUCAUUGGUCCACGCGCGUGCCGGGAAGAAAUGUCCGAACUCGGCAUUGAGUUAGAAGCAUAUGAAGAUUAUGAAGAGUCUGCGCGGAUAGAGGAGCAGUAUAUAAAGGGGAUAGGGGCGGUCAGGGCGUAUCAUAUCCGCUGGUUCUUUUUACACGAAAUGAUGGUCCGGAGGAAUGUUUCCAGGGUGUUUUACACCGACUGUGACGUGCUUCUAUUUGUUAACGUCACACAGUUCGUGCAGUCACACCUGCCGGAGACAAAGCUUGCGCUGGGAAUGCGGUCGAACAGUGUGCGCAUCAGGGCGGUCAGCGGGCACGUCUCUUUGUGGUCCGUGGAAGCACUAGCGGACUUCCUCGCCUUCUUUGUUACCUUUUUCCAGGAGGCAGUAGCAGGAGGGACCCCAGGAGACCCCUCCCUGCCCACUCAGCAGCGCACAUACAACGACAUGGUGCAGCUGGGGUGGUACGCCAGCCCUACCUGCUGGACCUCCCCCCCUGACCAAGCGCCCAAAACAUGCAAGGACAAGGAGAAAUCAGCCCCUUACCCACGCGUGUAUGGCAAGUUCCAACUGGCCUUUCAAUGCAAGGACAAGGAGAAGUCAGCCCAGUACCCGCGCAUUCACAGCAAGUUCCAGCCAGCCUUCAAGGCGGAGUCCCUGUGUGCGCCCCUCUUCCACUCCUCUUCUGCCUCUUCCACCCCUUUCUCCCCCACCUGCCAGUGCAAGGACAAGGAGAAGUCAGCCCAGUACCCCCGCCGGCACGGCAAGUUCCUUCCGGCCUUCAAGGCGGAGUCCCUGUGUGCAACGCAAAUGACUUCAGAUGCCCAUCCCUUCCCAUAA